AUGAAGCUCCUGUUUGUAGCUGCCUUUGCACUCUUUGUGCUGUCCACAUUUGACGAGGUUGAAUCUUCAGCUUAUGAUAAAAUUGUCGCCCACAGUCGCAUCAGGGCAAGAAAAGAAGGACCCAAUGUCUGCGCGCUUCAGCAAGUCAUGGGGACCAAGAAGAAGUACUUCAGCACUUGUCGUAAUUGGUACCGAGGGGCCAUCUGUGGAAAGAAAGCGACUGUGCUUUAUGAGUGCUGCCCAGGGUACAUGAAGUUGGACGGCAUGCGUGGUUGCCCUGCAGUGGCCCCGAUUGAUCAUGUGUAUGGCACCGUGGGUCUGGUGAAGGCCACUUCAACCCAAAAAUAUGCUGAGGUUUCAAAGCUAAAGCCUGAGAUUGAGGGAUCUGGAUCCUUCACCUUCUUUGCCCCCAGCAACGACGCCUGGGAUCUUUUGGAUGAAGAAAUGAGGGGUGCGCUGGUCAGCAAUGUCAACAUUGAACUAUACAACGCUCUGCAUUAUCACAUGGCCAACAAACGCCUCUUGACUAAAGACCUAAAGAAUGGAAUGACAGUCACCUCCAUGUACAAUGACCUUGGUCUCCAAAUUAACCAUUAUUCUACGGGGGUGGUGACUGUGAACUGCGCUAGGAUUAUCUAUGGCAACCAGGUUGCCACCAAUGGAGUUGUGCAUGUCAUUGACCGUGUUAUCAGUGCCGUUGGAAACACAAUCCAGGAUGUCAUUGAGGUUGACGAUGACCUGACAACUCUGAGCGAUGUGGCUCAAACCACUGGAUUCUUGGAGAAGCUGGGUCAGCCAGGACAUUACACUCUCUUUGCCCCCACCAACGAAGCCUUUGAGAGUCUGGGCAGUGAAGUGCUAGAGAGACUUCAGGGCGACAAGGAGGUCCUCAAGGCUCUUCUGAAUUUUCACCUUCUGGACUCAGUCCAGUGCUCUGAGGCCAUCAUGGCUGGCACCUCUUAUGAAACCCUGGAGGGCAACAGUAUUGAGAUUGGCUGUGAUGGUGAAAGUCUAACAGUCAACGGCAUCAAGAUGGUGCUUAAGAAGGAUAUUGUUACCACCAAUGGUGUCAUCCACCUUAUUGACCAAGUGCUCAUGCCAGACUCAGCUAAACAGGUGAUGGAACUGGUAGGAAGUUCCCAGUCAACAUUUGGUGACAUGGUGUCCGAGCUGGGCCUUUCUGCUGCCAUGAGCCCAGGCACUGAGUACACUUUGCUAGCUCCCCUCAAUGUUGCCUUCAAUGAUGAAGUGAUGUCCAUGGAUCAGACUUUGCUCAAGAUUAUCCUGGAGAACCACAUCUUGAAAAGAAAGAUUGUCCUGGGAGAGUUGUACAAUGGCCAGCGGCUGGAGACCAUUGCAGGACAAUUUCUGAGAGUCUUCAUCUAUCGCACAGCUGUGUGCAUUGAGAAUUCCUGUCUGGUAAGAGGCAGUAAAGAAGGAAGCAAUGGGGCCCUUCAUCUCAUGAGGACUCUGUUGAAACCAGCGCAACAAUCUAUUUUUGAGAUUCUGACAGAAAAUGGAGGGUUUAAGAUAUUUUUGUCUCUGAUGGAAGAUGCUGGCUUGACAGACCUGCUGAAACAGGAGGGAGACUUUACUCUGUUUGUCCCAAACGAUAACGCUUUUGCUGGUUUGAGUGAAAGUGAUUGGUCUUUGUUGAAGAGUGACAUAAAUGCUCUUAGAACCAUCCUUUUGUAUCACUUUAAUAAUGGUAUCUUCAUUGGUGGUGGUUUGGAGACCGGGGUGACAAACCUUCUCAAGUCUCUUCAGGGCAGCAACCUCAGAGUGAUGUUUGCAAACAACUCUAUGCUAGUGAAUUCUGUCCAAGUCCCUGAUUCUGAUAUCAUGGCAACAAAUGGAGUCAUCCACAUCAUCAACCAAGUAUUGUAUCCUGGAGAUAUCCCUGUUGGAAGCCAGGAUUUACUCAUGCUAUUGAAGAGGCUCAUCACGUACAUGCAAAUCAAGUACAUUUCAGGGUUCAGAUAUCAGGAAAUCCCCCUUACUUUUAUGAGUAAGUAUGUUUAUUUUUUUCCUGAUGUAACCAAAGUGACCCGGGUUAUUCAAGGGGAACCCACUCUCACCAAGGUUACCAGGGUUAUUGAAGGUGAACCCUCCUUCACCAAGGUUACCAGGGUCAUUGAAGGUGAACCCUCCUUCACCAAGGUUACUAGGGUCAUUGAAGGUGAACCCUCCUUCACCAAGGUUACCAGGGUCAUUGAAGGUGAACCCUCCUUCACCAAGGUUACCAGGGUCAUUGAAGGUGAACCCUCCUUCACCAAGGUUACCAGGGUCAUUGAAGGCCCCCAGUACUUAGUCGGCAGUGGCACCACCAACAUCGCCCUGGAAGGAACUGAUCUUUCAAACAUUAACGGAGAAAGUGAAAGACUUAUACAACAAGGCAGUUCAAGAAGAACCGCUUCCCGAAGAGUUUUAGCUGGCAACAGGAGGAGGGGAAGGGACUGA